CGUGUGUUGCUCAAACGCGGAAGUGUUGUGGUAACAUAACUUACUGGAAAUAACACGGUUUUCUUGAAAGAGCGAAAGAGUAGAAGGGGAAGGCAGAGGGGGAGGAGGAAAUAAACUCGAAGAGACAGAUAAUGGGGUUUUGAGCCGCAAACGGAGGACUUUUCACCUGACAGGCUGCCGGUCGGAUGUGCAGUGGUCGCAGGGCUGCGGGUGAGCUGCUAUGGCCUGGCCCGCCGUUCUGCUGGCCCUGCUGGCACUCCUGACCACCCCUCUGCCCGCGCCCGCGGCCGGGGCGGCCCCCUGUGGGCCGGGCCAGGCCUGGGCGGUCCGGCUGGAUCGCGGCGGGCACGCCGGCGGACAGGAGCUGGACGAGCUGGCCCACCGAGUAGCCGCGGAGGCGGGGCUGGAGAGCCGGGGGCAGAUCGGGCAGCUGGAGGGCCACUACCUGUUCUGCCCUGGUGUGGGGCCGGACGGGUGGGAUCAGGACGACAAGGGGGCGGCCGAAGUGCUGGCUGCCCACCCUGAGGUGUCCUGGUUCUCCCAGCAGCAGCUUCUGCGCAGGGCCAAGAGAGAGCUGGCCUUCAACGAUCCCAAAUACCCCAAACAGUGGCACCUGCACAAUAAGGUCAAGAUGGGGAUGGACAUCAAUGUGACUGGAGUGUGGGAGCGCAAUAUCACGGGGUCAGGGGUCACGGUGGUCGUCGUCGACGACGGGGUUCAGCAUACGCUCCAGGACAUCCAGCCCAACUAUAGUCCUGAGGGCAGCUAUGACCUGAACUCGAAUGACCCAGACCCGAUGCCCCACCCUGAUGCCCACAGUGACAAUCACCACGGCACCCGCUGCGCGGGCGAGAUCGCCGCCGUGCCCAACAACAGCUUCUGCGCUGUGGGCGUGGCGUACAUGUCUGUAUGUUCAGGGAUCCGGGUCCUGGAUGGCCCCCUCACAGACAGCAUGGAAGCCAUCGCUUUCAACAAACACUAUCAAAUCAACGAUGUCUACAGCUGCAGCUGGGGUCCUGAUGAUGAUGGCCGUACUGUGGAUGGACCCCACCCACUGGGCAAGGCGGCGCUGCAGCACGGGGUGAUCGCUGGGAGGCGGGGCUUCGGCAGCAUCUUCGUGGUCGCCAGCGGCAACGGGGGGCAGUUCCAGGACAACUGCAACUACGACGGCUACGCCAACUCCAUCUACACCGUGACCAUCGGGGCGGUGGAUGAGAACGGGAGGAUGCCCUUCUACGCGGAGGAGUGCGCCUCCAUGCUGGCCGUCACCUUCAGCAGUGGAGACAGACAGCUGCGCAGUAUCGUGACGUCGGACUGGGAGUUCCAGAAGGGCACGGGCUGCACAGACGGGCACACGGGCACCUCGGCGGCCGCGCCCCUGGCCGCUGGCAUGGUGGCUCUGAUGCUGCAGGUCCGACCCUGUCUGACCUGGAGGGACGUACAGCACAUCAUUGUGUACACCGCCACCAAGUACGAGGACAAGCGAGCGGGUUGGAAGACCAAUGGCGCAGGGCUGCACCACAGUCACCAGCAUGGCUUCGGACUGCUUAAUGCCUGGAGGCUGGUCAACGCUGCCAAGGUGUGGGAAUCGGUGCCAUUCCUGGUGUCCUACCAGAGUCCGGAGCUGAAGGAGGAAGCAGAGAUCCUAGCCUUUCCCGAAAAACUCGUUCUCACCUGGAAUGUGACCGCUGCGGACCUGCGGCAGUCUGGGAUGCUCACGCUGGAGCACGUGGCCGUUACCUUGACGAUGACUCACCCUCGCCGUGGCAACGUGGAGAUCCUGCUAAACUGCCCCAGUGGGAUGACCUCCCUGAUUGGAGCCAGGCGCAUCAUGGACACGGAGCCCACAGGAUACGCUGACUGGACCUUCUCUACCGUGCGCUGCUGGGGCGAGAGGGCUGAGGGGCAGUACAGUCUACAGCUCACUGACUACAGGGACGGUGUGCUGUCCCCGGGCGUGCUGAACCGCUGGAGGCUGACUCUGUACGGCUCAUCCAUGUCCUUCGAGGCAGUGAAGGAGAGGCAGAGGCACGUGGAGGAGGCAAUGGGUGGGCAGUAUCUGCACAGUGGCUUCUCUCUGCCCUGCCCUCCUGGGCUGGACAUCCCCCCAGAAGUGGUGAGCCCCCUCACCUCCAACAGCUUGAAGUCUCUGCUCCUCCUGGGCUGUUUUGCCCUGUUCUGGUCUCUGUACUACACCCUGGAGGUCAGCCUGGCUCACCUGGAAUGGCCCAGGCCGUGCUGGGGCAGGAAGCGGGGCAGGGGGAGCGUGGAGGAGGGCGAGGGCGGCGGGCGGGUCCCCCUGCACACUCUGGGCCUGACCCCCGCGAGCCGCCCCACUCUGCAGCUGGAAGAGGAGAUGGAGGAGAAGGAGGAAGAGGAGAAAGCCCCGCUCAUCGCUCAGGACACCCUUACGUAGCGCCCCCUGCCCCUCUCCUGCCCCUCCUUCUUGAAGCAAGGGGGUUGUAGGGCUUGAGGGGCAGCCUAGGCAGUGGACGGGUCACGGAGAGAGACAGACUGGGGGACAUGGCAUGACACCCCUGAACACUCACUCGCAGGCCCGCGCAGGGAAGGGGAGACCGCAGCAGCCCUGGAGCCUGGAGCUGCAAGAGGGACUCUCCUGGCGGGACCACCUGGAUCCGAAAGCUGCCCCUUCCUGCAGGACGCGAACCCUCCCAGCCCCCCUCCCAGCAUUCUCGGAUCAGAACCCCCCUCCUGGGCGGGCCGGCUCCCGCCCGCCUCGCUGCGGAGCCUGUCCGAGGGGGGCGUGGGGGGGCUCCGCCGGCUUCCCCCGGUGUUUCUGGCUCGGGGGGUUAAAGGGUUUAUGUGCAGCGUGGCAGAGGCGGGCUCUGCUGGAGGAUGGAGAGUGAGUGAGACACUGAGGGGCUUCCUACGGAGCUCAGAAACACACACACAGACUCACACACAAACUCACACACACACCUCCCCCCUGUUUCACCCCAUUUGACAGAUCUCUUCCCCAGGAAGAUGGAAAACCAUGAGGUGUUACCAGCUCGAAAGGUGUUGUUGCGCCUUUCCGGUGCGUUUGCACCAUUUCACAAGUAAAACACCCUCAUGGAGCCAAACCACGACUCCCCCCCCACUUGUAUUUUUAUAAAUACAUGUAAGUGGCCUGGGUUUGGAGUAAAAGACAAAAAAGAUACAUAUUGCACUGUGAACAAAGAUUUCCAGAAAGCGAACUGGAGGCGCGCUCCGAGAAACGGCGCUCUCGCGUGGCGGCCCGCUGGGCAGUGUUGUGUCCAGUCCGCAGGCCGGGACUCGUCCCUCGGCGCCGCCCUGCAUCCGCCUCUCCUCGACACCGCACCUCGAUGGGGAAGAACUGGGACUGGCUGGCGAUGGGGCCGAGUUGGACCACGAGGGGGAGGAGAACGCGAUUCCUCUGAAAGCCUGCCCUCGCUUCAUCAGACAGGCGGUCUGGCUGUCCCCGGCUGUGAUUCUGUGUGCGUGUGAGAGAUGGGGGGGUGUCUUUGAAUGCAUGGCCGUGAGUGUGUGUGCACACAAAAGGAGUCUGUUUAAUAUUCAUAUCCAGUACAAAUAUUCCAGCUUCCGGAUUGUUUUUAAGAGAUAUUUUUGGGGGGGGUAUUUUCUUUCCGAACCCUUGUUCAUUUGGACGCUAAGGUGGAAGGAGAGUGCAAUGUGUGCAAACCUAAAAGAGAGCAUGUACUGCAGUUUUUUUAAAUACUGGAUUUUUUUUUUAAAUAAGCAUAAGAUUUGUGGCGGGUGUAUAUCUAGAAGUGAACGUAGGCAGCAAAUGGAUGCAUGCAUAUAUAUUUAUAUGCUCAGAUGCAUUCAUUCGUGUGCCGAUGGAUUGGAACACCUUCAGCUCUCGAGCUGUAAGAACAGGACUGCAUUGCAUUCGUGCAGGUAUUGCUCAUGUUUUGCACACUCACUUUCUGUGACACCGGAUUUCUCUGCAAUAGCUGUGCAAUCUCUUCUGGUUUUGUGCAAUAAGGCCCCUUUGCUUUCGCCCCAGUCAGAGCUGUGCAGUGUAAUGAUCACAAUCCUCUCGCAGAAGGUCCCUAUCUGUUGCUCUUCUGUAAAUUUCACUUCUAACACACUGCUGCUGUCAGUAAUAUACGGUAUACAGUACAUUUUAUUCUCAAGGUUUUUCGGGAGUUUCGGGUGUAGUGUUUUCAUUUCGGAAGCACGUGGAAAUGUACAGGAGCAAUGAGGUGUUGUGAUCAUUUGUCACACUGCUGUGUGUGUGUGUACAGUAUGUGUCUGGAUAUAUACACAGCCAUAACCUGCUUUCUCAAAAUCUGGCUCUGAGGUUAUUACUCUAGAUUCUUUUGGGUUAUAGGAAAUUAGUGCUCAUGAAUAUCCUCCCUGUGUUGGAACCUCAAAGUAUAUAUUACAUGUAAAUGCUUUGGUUGUGCUGGUGUCUUUUAAAACCUUUUGCUCGAAAUAAUCAGAUGGUUGUCAUUGAGAAUCGACCUUGCACAAUCUGGUUUUGCUAAACCGGGUGUUUUCACAACCAAAACUGUGACUGUUUUAUUUGUUAAAGUCAAGCGCCACCUCAGGGGUGCUCAAAGCGAGAGUCUGCUUUUGUAUUGGGUCCUGCGGCUGAUCUGAUCUGGAUUAAAUAAAGGCUGUUUUUUCAGGA